CAGCUAUUUUAUGAAUUUUACAGAUAUUAAAUUUGAUUAAUGUGGAGAGGUCCACUUCUCACCUCUACACGGAGAAUGAGUCAAUCAGGUGGUGGGCCGAUCUACAACCGGAUAUCCAACAAACUUCAGGAAAGUUUGUGUCCCCUACAUCUUGAAAUAAUCAAUGAAUCCUACAUGCACAAUGUUCCUAAAAAUUCAGAAACACAUUUCAAGGUUGUAGUGGUGAGCGAAAAAUUUGAAAAUGUGAAAUUAAUUGGGAGACAUCGUCUAGUCAACGAUACAUUAAAGCAGGAGCUGAGCGAGGGAGUUCAUGCUCUGUCUAUAAAUGCCUACACCCCGGAGCAGUGGGGGGAGGGGAAAGGAGUUGAAAGGAGUCCGGCCUGCAAAGGAGGAUUUGGAAAAUAGUAAAAUUAUAAUUAAAUAUUAACAAGAAUAUUAAAUUGAUUUAGAUGUGAAAUAAAAGUUAAAUAAAU